CUUACCUCCUACACAUAAGUUUUAUAUUUACUUGAGCCUCCCCUGCCUGCUACCGUCCUGUCUUCUUUAAUGAGCAUUUACUGUACAAAAUCCUUGCUCCUUUGCUUUCUUGCUCUUCUCCAUUAUGUUUACUUACCUAGUGCUGAAACUUUCGAUUACCCAACUGCAAACCUCUCUACAUCAUGGACCAAUAGUCCCUCUCUUCCCCAUUCUGUAAAUUUCACAGAUGGAUCAAUGGUGAGAGCCAUCCUUGUCAGGGGAAGCUUUGGUCCAAGGUUCGCUUGCGGUUUCUUCUGCAAUGGAACCUGCGACUCUUACCUCUUUGCCAUUUUCAUUGUUCAAACCAAUAGCAUUUCAGGUAUAACCUCUCCUAGUGUUGGUUUUCCUCAAGUAGUUUGGUCUGCCAACAGAAACAAUCCUGUUAGAAUCAAUUCGACGUUGCAGCUCACAUCAGAUGGAGAUUUUAUCUUAAAAGAUGCCGAGGGAACUAUAGCUUGGUCCACGAAUACUGCUGGCAAGUCUGUUGCAGGAUUAAACUUGACUGAUAUGGGCAAUCUUGUGCUUUUUGAUCAGAAUAAUGCAACAGUUUGGCAAUCUUUUGAUUACCCAACCGAUUCUUUGGUUCCAGGGCAAAAGUUGAGGGCAGGGCAGAAACUUAUUGCUAGUAUUUCUGCUACAAAUUGGACUCAACUAAAUUUGCUUUCAUACUCGGUCACUGAUGAAGGAGCAGUGGCUUCGAUAGAGUCUAGUCCACCUCAAGUCUAUGAUGAAUUCACAAUUUCUGGCAGAAAAACUAAUAGAGAACCAACUUAUGUCACCCUUCAGAAUGGAAGCUUUGCUUUGUUCGCCAAUUCUUCUCAGCCAAGUGCGCCAGAUCUCUCCCAAUCCAUUCCCGAAGCCUCAUCAGUACAGUAUGUGAGAUUUUGUCCCGACGGGCAUUUGAGACUUUACGAGUGGACAAUAGAUGGGUGGAAACAAGUUGCAGAUCUGCUUUCAGGUCGAGUGAAUGAAUGUUUCUACCCUACAGUUUGCGGGAACUAUGGAAUUUGCUCCAAUGGGCAGUGCAGUUGUCCUUCAACAACUUAUUUUAAGCAAAUAAAUGAUAGGCAGCCUGAUCUUGGGUGUUCUGAAGCUACUCCCUUGUCUUGUCAAGCUUCUCUAUAUCACAGUUUUAUAGAGCUCAUGGAAACAACAUAUUCCUCCUUUCUCAGUGAUCUUGAAAAUGUGGGUUUGGAGAAAUGCAAGGAGGCUUGUUCAAAGAAUUGCUCCUGCAAAGCUGCUAUUUUUCGAUUUGGUUCUGAUUCUGCCAAUGGUGAUUGCUACUUGCCAAAUCAGAUAUUUUCAUUGAUAAACAAUGAUAAUGAAAUAACUCAUUAUAACUCUACUGUAUACUUAAAGGUGCAAAAUGCCCCAUCCCCAACUACAGAAGCAAUAGUUCCUCAGCAGAAAAGGAAAAGGCGGUCGACAAUUAUAUUAUGGUCCAGUGUUGGGAUAUUUUCUGGUUUGUUUCUUGUGAUUGGAAUCAUAGUAUUAUUAGUUUGGAAGAAAAGAAAUGCUGAUGUAGACGAGGAAGAUUACUUGGAUCAAGUACCAGGAAUGCCCACUCGAUUUUCCUAUGAAAAUUUAAAAGCUUUGACGGAGAACUUCUCCAAGGUUCUUGGUGAGGGAGGAUUUGGUUCUGUUUUUGAAGGGACUCUUAUUGAUGGCACCAAAAUUGCAGUGAAGCGUCUCAAUGGUUUAGGCCAAGUCAAAAAAUCAUUCUUGGCUGAGGUCGAGUCAAUCGGCAGCAUCCACCACGUGAACUUGCAGAGAAAGAAGAUCAUCCUCGACUUAGCAAAGGGACUCACCUAUCUUCAUGAAGAUUGCACACAAAAGAUACUCCAUUUAGACAUCAAACCCCAAAACAUUCUCUUAGACAAUAAGUUUAACGCAAAAAUCUCUGAUUUCGGAUUGUCUAAACUGAUUGAUCGAGACCAGAGCAAAGUUGUGACAACCAUGAGAGGCACUCCAGGCUAUUUGGCUCCAGAAUGGCUGAGCUCAGUAAUCACAGAAAAGGCAGACGUCUACAGCUUUGGGGUGGUUGUGCUAGAAUUGUUGUGUGGGAGGAGAAAUGUUGAUCACUCACAGCCAGAAGAAAAAAUGCAUUUAAUAAGCCUUUUUGAGAAGAAGGCAGAAGAGGAUCAACUGUUAGAUCUAGUCGAUAAUUGCAGUGAAGAUAUGCAGUUGAAUAAAGCAGAAAUAGGGAACAUGAUGAAGAUUGCUGCUUGGUGUCUGCAAAAGGAUUAUACAAUGAGGCCUUCCAUGUCAAUAGUUGUUAAAGUCUUAGAAGGUGUUUCAGAAGUUGAACCUAAUCUAAACUACAACAUUUCCAAUCCACCAUUCACAACAACAUCAACAGAAGCUACUGAAUUGUUGCCCUUUCUUCUAUCUGGGCCAAGGUGACUGUUCAUCGUUAGUUUUGUUCAGUUGUUUUUCUAUGCUGUCUGAACUUGUACGAAACAAAUUAGAUUUGCUGUAAGUGAAUUAGACAUGAAAUUAGUCAUUACAAUUGAAAAACUAAUGGGACGCUCUCUAGUUUAUUUGCUUA